AUGGGUUUCCGUGGCCUACAUUGCUUUCAAACAUCAAGCGUUGACAAUGGCUUCUCAUUUCCACUUCAUCAGGGCAUGGACAAUAGUUUGAAUAUAUCGAGCCAAACUUUCUCGGAGAAUUCAUUCAUGGAUAACAGUAUAGUCACCACCAGGUCGCACAAUGGCAUCAAGAAAUUUCCUGGUGGAAGUCGUGAUGCCGGGAUGCUCUUUGGUUGCUCUGGUUUCUUUCUUAUCAUUCAGGGAAUUGCGCUGAUAAUUACUGUUCUUCAGAUAGUGCGAAUCCCUAAUCUCAAGGUGGGCACUGUUCUCUUAAGUUGUGCUUUCAUAUAUGACAUCUUUUGGGUGUUCGUUUCCAAGAAACUGUUCCAUGAAAGCGUGAUGAUUGUGGUAGCUCGUGGUGAUAGAAGUGGAGAGGAUGGUAUCCCGAUGCUUCUGAAAAUUCAGCGCUUGUUUGAUCCAUGGGGUGGUUACAGUAUCAUAGGCUUUGGUGACAUCCUCUUACCAGGGCUUCUAGUCGCAUUCUCACUUAGGUUUGACUGGCUAGCAAACUAG